AGAUCAUGUCUUUCACUACCUCUACCGAUGAGAAUAUACACUCGUUCGUUGAUCGACAUCGCCAGUUACUGCUGAAGGAGCGCGAAGCUGAAAUCGAGCGUACAUCUCUGCUGCUCACCAAUUGCUCGCCUAGCCUACUCGAGCAGAAGGGCCUCGCUCUGGGCUCUUUGGGGGUGGCAAACGUCAGCGUUGGUCUUGGUGGAAAAACUUUAGUAGAACUCGAGAGGCCUACAGCGUACAGUAACACCCCAUUAUUCCCUUCACAUACGUUCAGGCCAGGAGAUCUUGCGCGCGUCGAGGAACAUGUAUCGACCAGUGGAGCGAAGAAAGUAGCGAAGACUAAGAAGCCGACCGAAACCAAGAGCUCUCGCUCCGCUGAGGGUGUCGUGUACAAGGUGUCGGAUGUCCGUAUCGUCAUCGCGAUAGAUGUCUCGGAGUCUAGUACCGAGGACCUCGACUUGCCGGACAGAUGUAGGGUCGUGAAGCUCGCGAAUAGCGUGACUUAUGAUAGGAUGGAGAAAGCGCUUGACACACUCGAAAAGGUUGCGGUUGGGCAGGCAGGUGACGGCAAGAACCUGCCUCCUUUGACACCGCUCAUGCGUAUUUUGCUCGGAAUGAGCGAACCAUCGAAGAAGUUCCCUGUACAAGAUUUGAAGUUCUUCGACGACACGCUUAAUCCUAGUCAACGUAAUGCCGUUCGGUUUGCUUUGGAGUCUUUAGAAGUGGCUUGCAUCCAUGGUCCACCAGGGACUGGCAAGACUCAUACUCUCAUUGAGGUUAUCCGCCAGAUGACGACUGUCACGUCUUCGAACCCGAAGCCUCUGCGUUUGCUUGUGUGCGGAGCGUCCAACCUUUCGGUUGACAACAUAUUGGAGCGACUGCUUGCCCUGCCACUGCCGGAGAGCGGAGAGAAGCUGAAGAUCACGCGAGUCGGACACCCGGCGCGUGUCAUGGCCAACCAGGGUGUGCUUGAUGUCACACUGGAGGUGAAGGCAGGCAAGACCGAUGCUGCGGCGUUGGCGAAGGAUGUCAAGAACGAAUUGGAAGCUGCGCUUGAUGUUCUUGCAGGUAAAGGCAAGGGUGCUAAGGGCAAAGCACCUCGUGGCUUAGAACGCAAGAAAAUGUGGGAAGAGGUACGGGCGUUGCGCAAAGAAUAUCGACAGCGAGAAAGUGGCGUUGUGGAAGGCGUGCUUAGCGAGUCUCAGGUUGUAAUCGCUACGUGUCAUUCCUCAGGAGGUCAUCAACUUAGGAAUCACGAAUUUGACGUUGUGAUAAUCGACGAGGCGACGCAAGCCCUCGAAGCUGUAUGCUGGAUACCCAUCUUCAAGGGCAAGAAGCUGAUCCUUGCUGGAGAUCCUAUGCAGUUGCCGCCGACCAUUCUGUCUGCUGAUAAGUUAAGCAAGCCUGGUAGCUCUACGAAGGAUGGAGCAAAGGUGGACACUAGCAAGAAGGUAUCUAGUGCUCCUACGCCAACAAAGUCGGCGAGAGAAGCGAAAGAGGAAGUAGACAGUUCCGAUGCGCCCCUACCGCCAAAUACGGCCAUAUCCUCUGACUCUAGUGCAGACGAGGAAGAGCUGUCCGACAACGAGGAGCAGGAGCUCAAGGCACCGCUCAAGGAGCCUACUGCGAAGAGAAAGCGUCCGCAGAGGCCUCGUUCGCUCCGUCCACCACGGUCAUUGGAGACGACCAUGUUCGACAGGCUGGAGAAGAUGUACGGACCUGACAUCAAGCGCAUGCUCAAUAUUCAGUAUCGUAUGCACGCCAAAAUUGCCGAAUUUCCCUCGAAAGUGAUGUACCACAACAAGCUCAUUUCACAUGCUUCCGUUGCCGGACAUCUGCUCAAGGAUCUUUCGAACACCGGUGCAGCAUCUGAGGACGAAGAGACUGAGCUCCUCAGCACACCCACAGUCUUCUUCGACACUGCAGGCUGCGAGUACUUUGAGCGACUCGAAGGAGACGGCGAUGAGGGUAGCCGCUGCAACGAAAACGAGGCGGUUGUGGUAAGGCGAUGUAUUGAGGAUUUAGCUAGUGUCGGGGUCUUGCCUUCACAAAUCGCAAUUAUCACCCCCUAUCAAGCCCAGGUCUCACUUCUAACAUCCAUGCUCCGUCCAAUGUACGGCCCUGACCUCGAAAUCGGCACGGUAGAUGGUAUGCAAGGGCGAGAGAAGGAUGCCGUCAUCAUUAGCCUCGUGCGUAGCAACGGCAAGCGGGAAGUCGGUUUCCUCAAGGACAAGCGCAGGCUGAAUGUGGCAAUGACCCGCGCGAAGAGGUAUCUGUGCGUUGUGGGCGAUUCAUCGACCGUGCAACAUGGCAGUCCGUUCUUAAAGAAGUGGGUUACGUGGUUAGAGCAGAACGCGGAUGUGAGGUUUGCUGGGCUUGAGUAGGGUACCUCUUCGUCUGUGAAUGCUAUUCUCGUGGGCUGUUCAAGGCGCACCCUGCGCGCUAGUUUACAUGGAAGUACAUCUUGGAUCCAGAAUUCCUUGUAUGGUGUACGGACUAUGUUUUGCGUCGCCCACGGAGUAAGUGGUCUUGCACAAUGAGAAGCAAAGCAUAAAUCGUCUCUAUCCUCGGCAUCGCAGUGCCCGUCUUCCUACCCAGCCUCACCACCUCCCCUACGACAACAUCUAGCUCCAUCGGUCGGCCCAUCUCAAUGUCAACAAGCAUGCUCGCCUUGUGCGUGCUCUCCGGAAUACAAUGCAGCCGCGAAGUGUUCUUCAGCGUUCGCGUCACAAUAUCGGGGUCGAGGCCCGGUCCUUGUCCCGUGGCAGGGAACAGGGCCGCCCCGAGAUCGUACAUCUCCGUCAUAGCAUCGUGUAGGAGCGGGAUGGUGUGCUCGCGGAUGAUCGGUGAGCGGUAAGGUAUGUCAGCCGUCGCCUUCUGUGACUCUGUCAAGCCAUCCGACGGGAUUGCGGCUUCAGAAGUGGGUGGGGCUAUACCUGGGGCACCGGGGUCCAUGUGUGGCGGCCUGAAUAUCGCUUGCAGCGGGAAGCGUGACAGCGCAGCUGCAGCACCCAACACACAGUUCCAAAAGUUUUUCGAAAACUUGAUACGCUGAAUUUCGGGGAAGACGGUCACAUCACUACCGCCUGCCUUCAGGAUGUCGGCAAACUCGCGAAGAAGGGACUCUUCUUCGGGCGUGUUCUUCGUCUGGAUUGUGGUGGGUCGGUACACCCCCAUUUGGAUACGGUCGAAGUCGCUGUGCUCGCACAAAUCGGGUGCAAGUAGGGUAGUGCCAAUCCAUACAGCUGUACUGAUAAUCCUUGGCUCCUCUGUAGCAUUGAGUUUUUUGAGUGCAUCGUACAGGUCACGUUCCACUCCAAGGCCGUUCUGCAUCAGCACAUAGGUAGGUUGGCGGUGCUUGCCGGCGUACGGCUGGGACAACAACGGGGCAAGCAAGUCUGGAGUCCUUGUCAGCUCGGGGAUGGCCUUCGUCGUGACUACCACGUGAGAAUAGGGGCGGUCUAAUGCAUGAUCCAGCUUUGAGAAUACUAGAUAUACGAAGA